AUGAGCGAGAAACCGGGCACCGAAACGCCACCGCCGGGCGAGCCGCCGCACGGCGCCGACAAUAAUUCAACGGGGAAAUCACAACAGACCAUCGCAUCCUCCGGGCGCGACGCCCUCACCUGGUGCAAGAGCAUCUUUUUCGAAGUCGUCCUCGGUCGCAAGACGUUACCGCCAUCAAAGAAUGGGCGCCAUAUCCCACUGCAACUGGACCAAGAGGCGCCGCUUACGGACGAGCGACGAGGCGGUCAUCCCUACGUAUCCAAUGCCAUCCGAACGUCCCGAUACACCGUUUACGACUUUAUUCCCAAGCAAUUGUUCUUCCAGUUCUCCCGCAUCGGCAACUUUUACUUCCUCUGCGUUGGUGUACCGCAGACCGUACCAGGGCUCUCCACGACCGGAAACUUCACGACUAUUCUCCCGCUGUUAUUCUUCGUCCUGGUUACUGUGGCGAAGGAGGGAUAUGACGAUUUCAAACGACAUCGGCUGGACAAGGUGGAAAAUGCGUGCACCGCCAAAGUGCUCAAACACUCGAACCAGCACCACCGCGCCAGCGCUGCCAGCUGGAUUUCACGAGUGAAGGACAGAUUACGGAAGAAAGACGGCAAUGAGGAGUACGAAGAACAAGAUGAACCUUGGGUUCGGACGAAAUGGGCCGACAUCGAGGUUGGAGACGUGAUCAAACUGGCGCGCGACGACCCUGUCCCAGCGGACAUCGUGCUGCUGCAUGCAGACGGAGAGAAUGGUCUGGCGUACAUCGAGACAAUGGCUCUCGACGGCGAAACGAACCUGAAGAGCAAACAAGUUUCAACCGCAAUUACUGGCUGUGAUACUGUUGAGGGAAUCACCACUUGCGACGCAGAGUUCGUUGUCGAAGACCCCAACCCGGACCUGUACAAGUUUGAUGGAAACGUCUCCGUCAACGGGAAGUCGCUGCCACUCACGUCGGCCGAAGUUAUUUACCGCGGCAGCAUUCUGCGCAAUACGGGUUGCGCGAUCGGCAUCGUGAUCAACACUGGAGAGGAAUGUAAGAUCCGCAUGAACGCGAACCAGCAUCCCAAGGCGAAGAAGCCGGCCCUCGAGACCGUGGCCAAUAAGAUCGUCAUCACCUUGGCCAUAUACGUGGUUGUCCUUUCGAUCGGGUGUUCCAUGGGUUACAUCAUGUGGCAGAGGUCUCAAGAGCGGAGGACGUGGUAUCUUCAAGAUGCGGAAGUCAAACUUCACGAGAUUAUCAUCGGCUACAUCAUCCAGUUCAACAACGUCAUUCCGCUGGCCUUGUACGUCAGUCUUGAGAUUGUCAAAGUCGGCCAGCUACUCAUGCUCAACUCCGACAUCGACAUGUACCACGCCGAAACGGACACGCCGGCUCGAUGCAAUACAAACACCAUCCUCGAGAACCUGGGCCAAGUGGGCUACAUAUUCACCGACAAGACUGGCACGCUCACUGAAAAUGUGAUGAAGUUCCGAAAGUUGAGCAUCGCGGGCACAGCUUGGCUGCACCAGCCUGAUGUUGACUUGGAAUGCGAGAACAGCUCAGUUGAUACCCUCUCUGAAGUCAAGAAUGGCCCCCGCAUUUCCACGCAGUACAUCAGGCCCGAGGCAAUUUCAGACGACUAUCUCCAGUCUCCGACGUCUUUUGGCAGGCCUUCAAUGGCUCAGUCCCGAGCACCGCCUACCAGGAGAUCUUCUUCGCAGUGGAGAUCCACAGGCCGCCCCGACCAUGUUCAGCCUGACGUAACGACGAAGGACCUCCUGGAAUUCAUUGCCUUGAGGCCGCACUCAUUGUUUGCCAGAAGAGCAAAAGACUACAUCCUCGCCAUGGCAUUGUGCCAUACUUGCCUUCCAGAGAUAAGAGAUGGCGCAGUGGAGUUUCAGUCUUCAUCCCCCGACGAAUUGGCCAUCGUCCGGGCUGCUCAAGAGCUUGGGUACACCGUAGUCUCUCGAUCCUCCACCAGCGUCACCCUCCGCCUCGCGUCAGAAGCCGAUAAGGACCUCACCUUCGAUAUUUUGGACGUCAUCGAGUUCAGCAGCCAUCGCAAGCGCAUGUCUGUUGUCGUACGAUACCCCGAUGGAAGAAUCUGCAUCAUCUGCAAAGGCGCCGACUCUGUUAUUCUGCCGAGGCUAAAGAUGGCAAACAUAGCUAUGCAAAAGGCUCAGGAUGUGAGAAAGAGCGCAGAUCUCGAGCGCGAGCUCCUUCGGAAGAGCGAGCAACAUGAACCAAGGACAAGCAUCGGCGGACGGGCUAGUAUGACAUUACGCCGAAGUCUUGGUCUGCAGCGCCCCGGGCCUGGUCCAAGUUCAAGACCUACAAUGGAUCGGAGUGUGUCAUUUGAGGCUAGCAAGCUUCGCAAAUCCGGCGAUCUACUGCGACCUUCGAUCAAUGUCCGAACAGCGUCCUUUGAAGCAUCCCCUACAGCGCCGACCUUUUCCAACCAGACGCCUGAGAAAUUCGCCUUCCUCGACGAUCCUUCCAUUGCGGACGACUCUGAUAUCUUCACAAGAUGCUUUAAGCAUUUGGACGACUUCGCCACCGAGGGACUUCGCACCCUGCUUUUCGCUCAAAAGUUCAUCUCUAACCAGGACUACCGCGCUUGGAAGCAGUCCUUCGACGCCGCUGCCACCAGUCUGACUGAUCGGCAAGAAAAGAUCGAGGCAGCUGCAGAGACGAUUGAGCAGUCCUUCAACCUUGUCGGCGCUUCCGCCAUCGAAGACAAGCUUCAAGAGGGGGUCCCGGAGACAAUCGACAAGCUUCGGCGUGCCAACAUCAAGAUCUGGAUGUUGACAGGUGACAAGCGAGAGACCGCCAUCAAUAUUGCGCAUUCGACCCGCAUCUGUCAGCCAGUGUCCGACCUGUAUACACUCGACGUCACAAAGGGAGAUCUCUCCGGGCAGAUGAUUGCGCUGUCAGAAGAUCUGCACUCAGGCACGGUUCACAGCGUCGUGGUCAUUGACGGACAAACACUCGCCGCCGUGGAGAAGUCGCCUGAGCUAACGGCGCAGUUCUACUCCGUUGUCCCACUCGUUGACUCCGUCAUUUGCUGCCGAGCGUCUCCAGCACAGAAGGCCCUCAUGGUCAAGACUGUGCGAUCGCAGCUUCGUAAGAAGAAGGGUGGCCGCAUGGGCUAUGGCCUGACGCUUGCUAUCGGGGACGGCGCGAACGACUUGGCCAUGAUAUCUGCCAGCCACGUCGGCGUCGGCAUCUCAGGCAAGGAAGGUUUGCAGGCGGCGCGUGUAGCUGACUAUGCUAUCGCUCAGUUCCGGUUCCUACAGCGACUGCUCUUGGUUCAUGGCCGUUGGAACUACGUCCGCACUGCCAAGUUCAUUCUUUGCACUUUCUGGAAGGAGAUGUUUUUCUAUCUGCCUACUGCCUUGUACCAGCGCUACAAUGGGUACACUGGUACCUCGUUGUAUGAGAUGGCCAGCUUGACUGUCUUCAAUACCCUGUUUACCAGUCUUUGCGUUAUUUGUAUGGGCAUCUGGGAGCAAGACCUUAGUGCCGACACGCUUCUCGCCGUCCCGGAACUGUACGUGUACGGUCAGCGAAACAUGGGAUUGAACCUGGCCAAGUACGCCGGAUGGAUGUUUUCAGCAGCCUGCCAGGGUGUCUUGGCCUACUGGGGGGUAUGGGCGGGGUACGUGUGGUUUGCGCACUCGAGCGAUCAAGGCCUUUUCGCUGUGGGUGACUUGGCAUUCACUUUGGGAGUCGUCUGGAUCAACUACAAGUGCUUCAUCCUCGAAACACACCACAAGACCGCUAUCGUGAUGGGAUCCUUCUUCAUCACCUUCUCCGGCUGGUGGGCAUGGAACGCCUUCCUAUCAGGCAUCUACACCCCAUCGCCAUCACCAUAUGCUGUCCGCGAUGGCUUCUCCAAGAUCUUCGGCGCCGACGCCGUAUGGUGGUUGACCCUAAUCAUAAUGACUCUGCUCUUCAUCCUGAUGGAGACCAUAUUCCGCACCUUGCAGCGGUGUCUCAUCCUUGCCGGUCUAUGGAGAUGGCCAUGGGUCCGUAAGGAAGACGACGUUUGCGCUUAUGAGUGGCGCUUGGAGCUGUGGCAGGAAUUGGAGAGGGAUCCUGCCGUCAAGGAGAGAUUAAGAAAACUGGCUCGGGAUGAGCCUGAAGAUGAGGAGGAGGAGGUCGAUGUCGCUGUUUUAGAGGGCGCGGUAUAA